AUGAAGGUUUUCUCUUUGAUCACUAUCUUUUUGGCUGCCGUGGGCCAUUCACAGGCUGCGAGCAAUUUGCGUGGAGGACGACAAUUGAUGGAAAUUCACGGCAUGGUGGAAGCAACUUUUGCGCCAUCUGACGUAGAGACAGACUUUCCUAUCACAGACGCUCCUUCGGAUGGUCGCAAGUUAUCUCAAGAAGGAGAACGAGAACUGGAAGCCACUGGAUCGCCUACUGAACUUGCAGUUGGUGGAGUGAUAGAAGCAACGUUUGUGCCCACAUUUGAUGACGAAGAAGAAACAGGUGCUCCCGCCACAGACGCUCCCUCUGCUGAAUAA